AUGCAGUGCUUCAUUAUUCUAUCCAUCCUGUUUGUGGUAUUUGCUGUCAAAAUGAGUUAUGCCGUACCGAUAGUUUCUGAUACGUUUGAUGAAUUAAAUACACUUGGUGAUGAACCAAAUCUGACUAAAAGAAAACUGCCAGUUGAAGGCAUACUAAUCGGUCGACGAUCGUUUCCAGCCGAAGGUAUCCUAAUUGGAAGACGCAAUUAUCUAGCCGAACGUAACCUAAGCGGAAAACAUCGUUAUCCAACAGAAGGCAUUCUGAUUGGUAAACGCAGUUCGCGCUUUUAA